CGUUUUGUUUAAUGUUGGCAAUCGAUGCGAUGCGGCCGGGCGAGAAAUCUGUGGGGGCCAAAGCGGGUAGAGAGAGAAAGAAAGAAAUGGAGGGUUCUUGUUUGUAGAGCUAGCUGCUCUUGAUCUUUAGAAUUCCGCGCGUCCUUUUGAGCGCCUCAAGAACAUGUACGCCGUCGCGGCCCUGGUUUCUCGGGUUGAUUCAGAUCAUCUCCCCAUUCGUUGGCUUCAGAAGCUGUGUUCUUGCUAUCAACAAGCGACCUUUCUACAGUUUUAGCUCUGAAACUAUAAUGCAAGCAUGACUGGUUCUUGAACAUUACAAGGCUUUGGAGAGAUGGGAUGUGCUGCUUCCAGGUUAGAAGAUGAGGAGGCUGUCAAGAUGUGCCGGGACAGAAGGGACUUCAUCAAGCAGGCACUGGAGCAGCGCAAUCGUUUUGCAUCAUCACACAUUGCCUACAUUGAGUCCCUGAAGCGCGUUUCAAUGGCUCUCCAGCGGUUUGUUGCUGUAGAUGAUCACCAUGAGCUCAUCUUCGAUACAUUCAUCUCUCCUGUCAAGCAACAGAAGCCAGAGAUGCUCGGCCUUCCUUAUGGUUCAUAUGAGAAGAGAACCAUUCAUGUCUCAAAGUACUUGAGGUCAGGACCUAAUCCAUCAGUGUCAGUUGAGGAGCACCCACGACCGGUGGAAACAGUCCGUGUCGAAUCACAUUACCCCAUGGACAACUACAGUGGCACGGAUAGGUUCUUCCCGUCGCAUUCUUCACCGAUGAGAUCAUCUUCAUACUACCCACCACCUUAUAACAGGCCAAGCUACCCACCUCCAUCGACCCAGGAACCAGUGAGGAAUUCUUCCUAUUACAUGCCUUAUGACAGGCCAAGCUAUGCACCUCCAUCACCCCAGGAGCCAAUGAGGACGUCCUAUUAUGCAUCUUAUGACAGAGGAAGCUACCCACCACCAUCACCCCAGGAGCCAGUUAGGAAUUCUUAUCGCGCAUCAUAUGACAGGCCAAGCUACCCACCACCGUCACCCCAGGAGCAGGAAUCAUCACCAUGGGACUUCUUUUGGAACCCAUUCUCAUCGUUGGACAGCUUUGCAGAUCCUCACCCUCGUAGUAGCUAUGAUAAUGUGGUCACUGAUGAUGAACUGGCACGGUUACAGCGGGUACGGGAAGAGGAAGGAAUCCCAGAACUUGAAGAGGAAGAUGAUGAGUGUCAAGAUCAUGUACCAAUGCACAGAAAAGAAGAAAAAGAAGAGCAUGAUGAUGAGGACGAUGAAGAAGAAGAUGAUGAUGAGGAAGAUGAUGAUGAGGAAUGUGAGCAUUCAGAUGAGUGUAUUGCUUCUAAUGAGGGUGCUUGCUCUGUGAAUUUUGAGGUCAAUACCAAGCAAGAAACAAAGGGAUUUGAAUCCAAAGGUGUUCAGUGUACUGAAGCACCUCAACCUCGCAAGACAGUAGAACUUGAGAUAAAGGCACACAAGAAAGAACUGAUGAGGAACAAAGUAGCAAAUGCAGAAGAAACUCCUGGUUUCACAGUAUAUCUGAAUCGAAGGCCAGCGAGCUUGGUUGAGGCCAUGAAGGAUAUUGACUGUCAGUUUCUGGGAAUAUGUGAUGCUGCUCGGGAAGUCUCAGUGAUGUUGGAGGCAAGUAGAGCUCAGUACUCAACCUCAAAUGAUCUUUCUGCAAAGAUGCUGAACCCAGUUGCACUUUUGCGCUCUGCAUCAUCGCGAUCAUCGUCUUCCCGUUUCCUUCUGGCUUCUUCUAGCUCAAUAGAUGAUCUCUUUGACAAUGAGACAAGCAGCUGUUACUCCGAAGAAUCUUGUAGUACAAUGUCUGGAAGUCAUCAGUCUACCUUGGAUAGAUUGUAUACAUGGGAGAAGAAAUUAUACAAAGAAGUAAAGGUGGGUGAGCGGUUAAGAAUCGAGUAUGAAAAGAGGUUGACUCACUUGAGGAACCAGGAUGAUAGAGGCGAAGAACCUUCCUCUGUCGAUAAGACUCGUGCAGCAUUGAGAAGCUUGCAUACUCGUUUGAAGGUGUCAAUACACACAGUUCAGUCAAUAUCAAGGAGGAUUGAAGUUCUAAGGGAUGAGGAGCUGCAUCCUCAGCUUAUGGAAUUGAUCCACGGCCUCUCACGGAUGUGGCGCACCAUGGCUGAACGACACAAGGCGCAGAAACGUACGAUCGAGGACGCCAAACUUCUCUUCCUCCAGCACCACCCCUCCGCCGCCACUGCCAUCUCCCUUGGCCCCUUGGAGGCUGCAACUCCCCCUCCGGCUGCCUUGGCGCUAGAAACCGAGAUCCAGGCUUGGCGAGGAGCCCUGGAGACCUGGCUAUCUGCGCAGCGUGCCUACGCGCGCGCACUGGCCGCAUGGGCGCGCCGCUGCCUCGGCGUCACGGGCGGGGCGCGUCCUACCCUCUCUGCUGCCGUGCUGCCGCCGGCGUUCCUGGUGUGCAUGGAGUGGGGGCGCGCGGUGGACGCGGACACGGAGGCACGGGUGAUGGACGGGCUGGACUUCUUUGUGGCCGGCGUUGGGUCGGUGUGCUCGGGCGCGGCCACCGGGAUGGAGGGCAUGGCCGGGCGAGUGCUGUGCGCUGGAAUGGCCGCGGUCACCGGCGCCAUGGCCGAGUUCGCCGCCGCAUCCGCGGACAGCUACGAUGCGGCUGUCACGGCCGUGAUCGCCGCCGCUCGUGCGCCGGAGCGCGAGCGCGAGGACGGCGUGGCACAACCGCCAAGGACAGAUGGCUAGGCUGAAGAUAUUGACCGUGAGCCUCUAGGAGUGGAAAACAAUUUAGCACUAGGAAAUACCGCGUCGAGUGUGGUCUUGUGAUUGAUGAUAAUGUCAUUACAAGACUAACUGUUCUUGCCAAUGAUUGCUUAUAUUAUAGGUUCAUCACUAUCAGCAGUGAGAAAGCCAUUGAUGUUGUUCUUGA